CAACCGUGGGGGUCCUCCGCCGUCGACUCCUCCUCUAAAGUCUGAACACAUCGUUGCGUUUCGCCUGCGAUGCGAGUCGUGUCUCAGCACGUCUCAACGGUUGCCUGGCAACCGUUAAAUAAUUGCCGCGCUCGAGAGGCGAUGACACUGCUAGCGCCAUCCAUCGGAGAAGAUUGUGAUCUUUGAACAAAUAAAGGGUAAUUGAAUGGCGCAGCGGAUGUCACUGUGUUCUCUUUCUCUCGAACAAGCAAAUAAAAUAUAAAAUUCAAUUUCGGCCAACAUCUGACGUUUCACCGAAUUUUUCGAAAAAUGGACGCCGAGAGGAACAGUUCCGGUAAAAUCGGCGAACGGCCGAUCACUCGCUGGCGACGCGAGCACCCGGAAGAUGCACCUGGUACCUCGUCGAACAAGAUUGACAGACCGCCAACGGGUAUUGUGAGACCUCAAAGCAAAUACGAGCGACCAAGGUCACGCCGAGGACACAAGGACGAAUCGUCAGAGUAUGUCAGCUCGGCUACCUUCCGCUCGCCGACACCCGGGCGUCUCGCCCUGGCGAGACCUCCAUCAGCGACCUUUCUAUCCAAUCGUGCGCCAACUGCAGGCAUCUCCAGAAUAGGCUCCGGAAUAGGUCGUUCUGGCACCGGAUUAGCGACUGCUAAGCAACUCAAUGUCAGCAUGCUUGACAGGCCGAUUACGCAGCACGGGAUAGCAGGCAUGCGACCAGGUACCACCAGGGGUUUACCGAUGACGAGACAAAUUCAAGACAAGAGAUAUUAUGAGGGCCUGUUACAACUUAAAAUACGAGAAUUGACACAGGAAAUUGGGAAGAUAAUGAAGGAUAUCGAGAUACAAAAUAAGGAAAAGGCCACCUUUCUGCAUUACGACAAGAGAGCCAAGAGUUUGGCCGCGGAAUUGACAAAUCUGCAGGCCGAAUUAGCAGAUUACAAUCUUGUCGUGGAUAAGAUGACUCUAGAUGUUGAUAAGGAAGUGAUCGAGCAGGAAGCCAAAGAGUUGGCGUUGAUGAACGAGCGUACAACUGCGGAGAUCGAGAAGAUGUUUGAGCAACGGAAAGAGAUGGAACAAAAACUUCGUAAGAUGGAGAAGGAUAUCGAGAACGAGAGGAAAAGAACGGAAUACAUCAUCGAAAAUAUGGAUCCGCAAACGAGGGAAAAAUAUGAUGAUCUGUUGCGACAGAAGACAGAAUUGCAGGAGCAAGCGCAACAGAUGCAACGCGAAUUGGAUCAAUUGUCGAAGGAGCAAGUACAAUUGGAAGAACAGAUAGCGCUGUCCCAGCUGAAACAAGAAGCGGUGAAAUUGCAGGUGAGAAUCAUCGAGGCAGAGAAUAAACGAGACAAGUUGCUGGAGGAAGAAGGCAAGAGAUUAUCACCAGAGGAUGAAAAGGAGCAGCUUCUGCAGAAGAUCAAACGCGACAACACUGACAUUGCCGCGACCGAGGCGCAAAUAGCAGAAAAAGAGAAGAAGAUGAUGGAAUUGGAGCAACAACUAGAGCAGUUGGAAACCGAUAUGGAGGACGAUCAUUCGGAAAAACAGACCAAAUAUCAGGAAUUGCGUAAGCGUGAAGAGAUGAUGGAGGAGUUCAUGUCCACGUACGAGCAAAGCAAGCAAGAGGAAAUGGAGAAGUUGGAGAAACUUGAACGAGAGAUCAUCAAGAAAUUAGAGGCUGUAACAAACGCAGUGGAGAAUAAUGAAUAUCUCACAGAAGCCGAAGAGGCGGCUAUUUUGCAGGACAAGUUCCCGUACAACGAUUAUGAAAUCGCGCAUCGCGACGACGACUUUGAGGAAUUGAAGAAAGACUACGCAACCAUGCAACAAACAUUCAAUAGGCUGAGGAUCCUGGAGGAGAAACUCCAGUUGGAAUCCAAGGAGAUAAAGGAGAAACUGAAAAAGCAACAGAGUGAGCUGAUUGUUCUGGAAGAUCUGGACGGUUUGAAAACACGAAAUGAAUUCGAGCGAGACGAACUAAUUGCCGAACGUGAAGGACUUAUGACCGAGGAAACGGUUUGCGAGGACGAGCUCAAAUCACUGCAAACGGAAUACAAUGAACUUAAAGAGCGAUUGGAGAAAUACGCAGUUUAUCCGGAGAUCAGUAAUCUGGAAGAAAAAUUAGAGAAAUUGAAAGAAGAAAAUAAAAAGAUCGAGGAAUUCAUAAUCAAGGAAAAGGAGCGCGUUAAUUACGAGCCGCUUAAAGAGAAAGCCUUUAAACUGAUUAAUGAUUAUAGUACGAUACUUCAAGAGAAUUUAAAAUCUCUUUAUUAAAAGAUGAUUU